GCUCGACGUCGCCUCGUCGGCGCCGUGUUCGACAUGGACGGCACGCUGACCGUCCCGAACCUGGACUUCCAGGAGAUGUACCGCCGCGUCGGGUGCGAGACGAAGGACAUCCUAUCCGAGAUCGACGCGUGGCCCGAGGACCGACGCGCGAGGGCGAACGCGAUCAUCCACGAGAUGGAACAGGAGGCGCUGCGGACGAUGAAACGCAUGCCGGGCGCGGAGGAGCUCGCGGCGUUCUUCGACGCGCGCGGGAUCCCGCGCGGGUUGGUCACCAGGAACGUGCAGAGCUCCGUCGCGCACUUCCACGCGCACGCGUGGAACCUCGCGCCGUUCGCCCCCGCGCUCGCGAGGGACUUCAGGCCGUACAAGCCCGCGCCGGACGCGUUGCUGCACAUCAGCGCGGCGUGGGACGUCCACCCGAGCGAGAUCGUCAUGGUCGGGGACAGCGCGAAGGACGACGUCGUGAGCGGGAACCGCGCGGGGGCGAUCACGGUGCUGUUGGACACCGCGGGGAAGUGG